CACACUCACAUUCAUACCUUCAUUUAGAGUCGUCAAUGUGGGCGGACCAACAACAUGCUAACCACUACGCUAACAUGUGGCCCACUCAUUGACUCAACUUGGCAGUUGCUUACUGCGCUGAGGUUUCCAUAGGCCUUAGACUUAAUUCACAUGCUUAAAACUACAUCAGAAUGUGUAAUAUGACCGUUUCAACACCCCCACCCCCCCCCCUUCUCAUACAAUGGACUAUCCCAUGUUACUGCGCACGUGCACAUUGAUUCAGGAAGACGGAGGCAAAACAAACUUGGAGAAAAAUGAAGCAGUUACCCCAGUGGAGUGGAAUGGAGUGGAGUGGAGAAGAGUCACAGCAAACGCAGACAAGAGCAGCAGCACUGCUUGACAGCUUCAGCCGCGGAUAAAGCAGUAGUUGUAGAGAUGAAGCUGAGAGCGGCGCUUUUCAUCACAAAAAUCUUUUAAUAUACAGACAUAUGUGUUGGAUUCCGAAUCCGAUCCGGAAGUACAGACUGGACAGAAGUUUCUCAAGAAAGAGGUUACGUCAAGAUAUCGCUCAAUGCUGCAACCGCACCACCGUCUUAUGGUCCCACUGGAGCACCUUAAGAGCAAAGUCCACACCAAUGGUGGCCCGGUAAUGCUGGGAGAAGACCUGGUGGACAUAGCGCUUGAUCACUGAGGUCUUGCCCACUCCCAAGUCGCCGAUGACGAGCACCUUGAGCAGGCGCUGCUGCUGCUGCUGCAUGGCCGAGGGGAGAUGGGGCUUCUGUCCUCCACAAUAUAUACAUCAAGCCAACAUGGAGUACCUCGUAAAAGUGAUGAUCCUGCAGUCAUGUACUGCCCAGAAUAUACACUCCAAUUAAUUUUCAGCAUGCUUUGAUACCUGUGUUGAUAUUUGCAUUGUAAUUGUUAAUACCACAAUUUAAUGUGCAAAAGUAAUUAGAAGGUGAAUUAUCUACUUUUAUCAAGAUAAAAGAUUUAGCACUUCUGCUUCAUGGACAGUUAAGUUAACCCCUUGGAGUCAGAACACGACCACAAAACAGGCCAUUAUACUAGAUUGUGUAAGAUAAAAACAAAUAUUUGCUGUAAAUUGCUGUAAAAAAAACAACUUACUGUUCUGAGUGAGAAGAAUUCUGAGAAAAUAUUAUGCAUCUCCGUUGGACGUUGCCACCUUAAAAAAAUAACUUAGUGGUACAGCACACAACACAACAGUGUUGUGCAUAAAUGGGAAGUCAAGAGGUGAAAAAGAGAAGGGGGGGCGGACAGAAAUGUGAUUAUCCAUUUAGCCUGCGGUUUAUGUGCAUGGCCACGGCCACGCCCCCUUGGGCACCUUCUCCCCGCCCCUUACAUGUAAACCUACAGUCACAGCUUCUACUCUUGUCACGAUGAAAUUUUCUAUGUUAUGUGUGGAAAAUGUCAUUUACAUGUGUAUUGUCACAAUAACUCACUGUUUAUUUUUUUUUAGUUCUGGACAUUAUUGACUAUGUGUUAAAUGGGGCUCUACAUUUGUUAUUUUGAAUGUUUACACACUGAGAAGUACGGCAAAAUGCAGUGUGCCGCCAGGACCCGGAUGUUGCCCUCAACAAGCCCCUUGUAGCUCUUGCCGAGACAACACCGAGGACACAGUGCCUGACUCCAGGGCCUACACCCGUCGUCGCCUCCAGCUGUCCAUCCAUCCGGUCAGACGUCUCAGACGGUGCCAUCAUGGAGCCCAGGCCGGCUUGCAGGUCCUGAACGAGAAAGAGAAAGAAAAAGAAAGCAAGAGCAUCUUUACCCACAGCAUCAGCUCCAGACAAGAAGACAGACCGGUAGAGUGACAGACAGUCGAGCUCCAGAGCCGAGUUAUGGAGGCGAUCUGGCUCUAUCAGUUCCGUCUCAUCGUGAUCGGCGACUCCACGGUGGGCAAGUCGUGUCUGAUUCGCCGCUUCACCGAGGGCCGCUUUGCCCAGGUGUCGGACCCCACAGUAGGUGUGGACUUCUUCUCCCGGCUGGUGGAGAUCGAGCCAGGCAAGCGGAUCAAGCUGCAGAUUUGGGACACGGCGGGCCAAGAGCGCUUCAGGUCCAUCACUCGGGCCUACUACCGCAAUUCGGUGGGUGGUUUGCUCCUGUUUGACAUCACCAACCGCCGCUCCUUCCAGAACGUACACGAAUGGCUGGAGGAGGCGCGCAGUCACGUGCAGCCGCACAGCAUUGUCUUCCUGCUGGUGGGACACAAAUGUGACCUGGAGGCAGAGCGUCAGGUGAGCCGACAGGAAGCUGAGAAGCUGGCAGGGGCAUACGGCAUGCGCUACAUCGAGACAUCCGCACGUGACGCCAUCAACGUGGAGCGUGCCUUCACAGAGCUGACCAAAGACAUCUUCGCCCUGGUGCGGUCCGGCGACAUCACCAUCCAAGAGGGCUGGGAGGGCGUCAAAAGUGGCUUCGUCCCCAAUGUGGUGCACUCUUCCGAGGAGGUGACCAAGAGCGACCGCCGCUGCCUCUGCUGAUGUGGGAGGAGCUCGAACAGAGCGGAGUGGCUGACGGACUGUGGUGUCGGCCAUCUUUGCUGAAACAGAGCAGACCGCUGAAGAGUUGUGGUCAUUUAUUUUGACCGCCGAUGUUUAAUUUGAUGGGAAAAGAAGGAUCUCAAAAUACUUCAAUUGCUUCUGUGGGCUCCCAAAACCUCCUCUUCCUUCUUCUCCGAUAUGCAAUUCUACCAUUACAAGUUUAUAACUAACUUUAUCUGGCCUAAUGGACAAGUCACCAACUAACAAAAGAAGGCAGAAUCAGCAUUGUUCUGCUUCAGUAUCACAUUAUAGCAAUGCAACGUUCACUUCUGGAAGAAGUCCUUAAAAGCAGGUGGACCCAAAGGGGACCCAACAGCGCCCAAAUAGCCGACUUCCAAAACUCUUGUGACUCUGGGAGGCCGGACGAAGGUGGAGCAUAAGCAUCCAGAACACGUUGAAUUACCCACAAUGCACGCUUUGAGACAAAAAGUGUACCACUGUAUAACCAAGCAAAGGAGGUCCAGCUGGCUUGCGGACAUUUCUGCACAGGCACAAGAAUGUUUGUUGGUUUACGUAUGUGUGCUUUUGACUUCCUCAUGCCAUUAACACACAAGACAAGCCUGACCUAAGUACACCCGCCGUGGUAAAAAAAAAAAAAGGCUGUCUACCACUCUUGAAGACUUUUUGGGUUAAGCUGCAUUUUAUUCACUUCCCGUAGAUAGUGUCUCAAUACUUUUCCAUGCAGUGUAUGCGCCUGGAAACAAAAGUGGGGUUUGGCAGUUGUUCAUAUAGUCCCUUAAUGUUCUAUUAAAAUAAACCACUAGAUCAAAUACAUCAUGUUAUCAACUCUUUGCAUUUAUAUGAUCAUUUAGAAGUCAUCUCUUGUCCAUAACGCUUGUGUUGUAUUAUAUCUGUUUGCAUAAAAAAAUGGGUGUAACAGUGAGACGCCACACAAACAAUGCUCAAAAAUAACCUGACUGAUCAAGAUGGCAUUUUAUUUGUUUCUUUGGGUGCUAAUGUGUUCACUGCCUCCCUUCAUCUGUUAAAAUAAGAGUUUUUAACCGGACGGACAUCGCUGUUCAUUCAUGUUUUAAUUCAUGAGCACAGUGACAGACAAAUAAAUACAGACGGAACAAAAAGGGGAGAGGACAGAUCAAAGAAUACAAAAAAAAUGACUUUUUUUUAACCUGAAAAUAGACUUUUAAAAAAGUACGAAAUCGACUGU